AUGCCAGGCAGUUCGAGGAUGCCCGUGAGCUUGCGCAAUACCUUUACGGUCAAAAAAGGAGGGUCCAGCAGCCAAUUGCUAGCCCUAAAUAUUGACCUAUUCCGGAACCUCGUCUUCUUCCUAUUCCUGCUGCGAUGGACUAGGAAGGGGCUGUUGAAGCUCAAGGGUCGGGGAAUCUUUGGCACGUUUGCAGAUACAUAUAUUGUCAUUCGACGUACGGCCUAUGGACUCUUUCUCCGCGCGCCGGGUGUGCGUAGUCAGGUCCAGAAGCAGGUCUCGGAAGCUAUUACGAAGCUGCAGACGAAGCUUGUGCCGUCUGGACCGGGUGUGACGCGGUACUUGACGCUGCCGAAGGAAGGAUGGACAUAUGAGACUGUGUUGAAAGAGUUGGAGAAUCUAGCUGCUAUGGACCAUACGAGGUGGGAGGAUGGAUUUGUCUCGGGAGCUUUCACAGUCGCCAAUCCUAUUCAUCCGGAUGUGUUCCCUGGGGUGAGGAAGAUGGAGGCAGAGGUUGUGUCUAUGGUUCUCGCUAUGUUCAAUGCUCCCGCAGGAGCAGCGGGUGUCUCUACAAGUGGAGGAACUGAGUCUAUUCUAAUGGCUUGCUUGAGUGCGAGACAAAAAGCAUACUCAGAGCGAGGUGUCACGGAACCAGAGAUGAUUCUCCCCGAAACAGGCCACACGGCAUUCCGCAAAGCAGGCUCCUACUUCGGCAUAAAAGUCCACCUAGUAGCCUGCCCAGCCCCAACCUACCGCGUAGAUAUACGAUCCGUCUCACGUCUCAUAAACAGCAACACCGUGCUCCUCGUCGGCUCAUCCCCCAACUUCCCGCACGGAAUAAUUGACGACAUAACCUCGCUCUCCAAGCUCGCUGUAAAACGCAAAAUCCCCCUCCACGUAGACUGCUGUCUGGGCUCCUUCCUAGUCCCGUUCCUAGAAAAAGCCGGCUUCGAGACCGAGCUCUUCGAUUUCAGGCUGAAGGGCGUGACGAGCAUAAGCUGUGAUACGCAUAAAUACGGCUUUGCGCCCAAAGGCAACAGCACCGUGCUCUACCGCACCGCGUCCCUGCGCGCCUACCAGUACUUCAUCUCGCCCGACUGGUCGGGCGGCGUCUACGCCUCUCCUUCGAUCGCUGGCUCCCGACCUGGUGCUCUGAUCGCCGGGUGCUGGGCCUCGCUCAUGAACACGGGAGAGGUGGGAUAUAUCGAUUCGUGCGCCAAGAUCGUGGGCGCCGCGAAGAAAAUCGCUGAGGCGAUUGCGGAGAACCCAGCGCUGAAUGUGGAUUUAGAGGUCCUGGGUAAGCCGCUAGUAAGUGUAGUGGCGUUCACGAGCAAGACGCUUAACAUCUACGAUAUCGCGGAUGCGAUGUCCGCGAAGGGAUGGCAUUUGAAUUCGCUGCAGGACCCGCCUGCUAUCCACGUAGCGGUGACGCUGCCGAUAGUGAAGGUGUGGGAGAAGCUGGUCACGGAUCUGGAGGCCGUGGUUGAGGGCGAGAAGGAGAAGGAGAGGGUGCGGAUUGUGGAGGGGAAGGGCGCCAAGGGGAAGAGUAUGGGGGAUAGUGCGGCGCUGUAUGGGGUUGCGGGGAGUUUGCCGAAUAAGAGUGUUGUUGUUGAGCUUGCGAGUGGGUUUUUGGACACGCUGUAUAAGGCAUAA